AUGUCUGAGAUUAUCAGAGAACCACGACUAGAAGCAACCAAAUUCUUCAAGUAUCAGAUAGACAAGAAUGCACGUUGCAUUCACGAAUUUUUUAAGAGUGUCUCUGCCUCACAGUGGUCACUAAGUGCCUUUGUCAAGUACAUUGCUGAGUUGGAGACUGGGCUGAAUUUUGAACAACUCUUCAAAGUGUUUGCUAAAAGUUUGGAUCAAAUUCAUGUGUUACUUGUUGUUCCAGUUUGUGUUCGAACAUUUGCUCAAACCUAUUUGGAAUGGCUGGGGACGUGCACGGGCAAGGCAAUAGUCAACGAAUGCAGAGAAUAUUUUUUCGCUAAAGUGACGUUGCAAGAAAAAACUGAACUAAAAGACGUAUUCAAAGAUACGGUGAAUGUUACUGCGCAAGCGGAGGCAUACCGCGCAUAUAUCACUGCACCAGCUGUGCCAACAAAGUCAAGCACAUCCUUCUCGGAAGAUCAACUCUCGGAGUACCACACUCAGCAAACAGACGGGACAUACACAGGUGAUGAAUCUGACCGGGGUACUGACGAAGAUGUUCAAGAAAGGCACAAUGAUAAGGUAGACGAAGAAUUAAUAGAAGCUUCCAUAGAGAAAAAGCGAAAAGAUGAGGAUGACGUGACAUCGACACCACCCACAAAAAGGUCUUACUCACGUUAUGAAUCACCGUCGCUAACAACUGACCCUCAUCUUCAACACGAACAGACUCAACAGGCACAUAUUCCCGAACGACAUAUUAUUACUCUGGAAAAUGAAGAGGAAAAAGAGAAUUAUCUUUAUGAUACUUUCCCGGUUCACAUUCAUAAACGACCUGAACCAAAUCCUUUUCUAGUUGGAAAUCAGAAUGACCAUAAUAUAGACGAAGAGGGUGAUGAAUUCAAUGCAAAUUUAACUAUUGUCGGUGGGAAAAGCACCGAUUGGAUUAUUAGUGGGAUUAAUAUCAGAGAAAAGCUAACAAAUUAUCAACUUGCAGUAAAUCCACCUAAAACCCAUCCAGAAUAUUAUGACAUUAUUUUUUUCAAUUUAAAUGACGAAGACGGUUUCCUAAGAACGUUAGACAAAGGUAUUGUUGCGCAGAUGCGUAAGGAAAUAAAGAUGGCAGAAGUAGACUCAAAGAACCAAGAGAUUAAAUUAUUUAUGAAAAAUAUUAUUGAUCGCGAUAUUAAGAAGACUAAAGAAAAUCUUAAUCAUCGAAAUGCUGAAACAAUUGACUCAUUUGAAAAGAGGUUCACGUUGCAUUUUGUGAGCCAUAUGGUAAAAGUGAUGGAAGAUGUGAAUUUGUUCCAUGAUCCUAUGUCCGAGGGGACCUAUAUCGUAAAAGUUCUGGCACCCAUUCUUGAUUACUUCUUUGACAAAAAGAAAAAAGAUUGGCGUGUUUCAUAUGGAGAAACUUGCCUCAAGGCAUGUGCGAAAGAUGUUAAUUCCAGUAAAAAAGAUGAUGAAUGCCGAUCUUCAGGAAAAAAGAUUGAUACAAUUAUUUGUAUGAGAGAAGAAGAUAAAGAGUUCUCAGUAACAGAAGUCAGUGGGCCCCCACUGAAAAAUGAUUGGACACACUUCAUGGGUGAUCGUAUGAAGAUCAUGAAGAUGUUGAAAACUUUAAUGAAUCAAUUCGCCAAACUCAAUCCAAGCUCCGAUAUCACAUUAAUCAGAUUAUUUGGGUUACAAGCUUAUUUAAAUGAGUUGACUAUAUACGAAUUCAAACUAAAAUAUACCGAGGUUUACACUACAGAAGCAAUACUGACAUUUCCUCUACCUAAAACAUGGGCAGAUAUGGUGAAUGCUGAUAAAGCUAUAAUGGGCUUGUUGAAGUAUGAGCACUUAUUAUCUGAAAGCUCAAAAACUAUACGAGAUUUUUUGUGGGCCGGUGAUGAUAUGAUUGAAGCUAUUAAGAUGACGACCAGAAUGAUUCACACUCCUGAAAGCACCGAGAAAGCUAAAAAUAUUAAAAGUACAAAAAAAAUGAAAAAGAAUUGA